AGAGAGAAGAAAAAAUGAGGCGAGAGAGAAAAAAAAAUGAGGCGUAUAAGCAAAAACGGGUUAUUUCAGUUUACAGUUAUUUCCCCACGAGCUUUUUGGGUUUUCUCCUUCAAUAUCAGCUUGUUUCAGAAUUUCGUACUUGUGGAGCAAAAGAAUGAGCAGUUUGAGGACGGUUUGCAGGCCUCAUGCCAUGUUUUCUUCCUUCCUCAUUAGCAGCAGAUGCCAGUCUAUGCCCAGGGUUUCGUUUCGGAACCCUAAUUACAAGCGCGGCUUUUCUGUUUUCUCUCCCACCUUCAAUUCCUCGUCUGCCUUUUGUCGGACUGAGAAGUGGUUCCGUAUCAAUCAGAGGAGGACGCUGGCCAUGGCUUCCAAUUGGGCUAACGAAAAAACUCCCUAUGAAACUCUCGAACUAGAGAGGGAUGCUGGUGAAGAUCAGAUAAAGAGUGCCUACAGGCGCUUGGCCAAAUUUUAUCAUCCGGAUGUUUAUGAUGGUAGAGGAACUCUUGAAGAAGGAGAAACAGCUGAAGCUAGAUUCAUCAAGAUUCAAGCUGCUUAUGAGUUGCUCAUAGAUGAUGAGAAACGGAGGCAGUAUGAUGUCGAUAACCGGGUGAAUCCGAUGAAGGCAUCCCAAGCAUGGAUGGAGUGGCUUAUCAAAAAGCGCAAAGCUUUUGAUCAACGGGGCGAAAUGGCAAUAGUAGCUUGGGCUGAGCAACAGCAGCGUGAGAUGAAUCUACGAGCUCGGCGCCUUUCUCGAUCAAAGGUUGAUCCAGACGAAGAGAAAAGACUACUGGCAAAAGAAAAGAGGGCGUCCAUAGAUUACUUUAACAGCACACUGAAACGACACACACUCGUCUUGAAGAAGAGAGAUUUGAUGCGAAAAAAAGCAGAGGAGGAAAAGAAAAGGUUAAUAAGACAACUUUUAGCUGAGGAGGGACUCGAGCUCGAUACAGACGACGAUGACAACGUGUAGUUAAUACAUUGAAUUGAUUGGCCUCAAAGAAAGUGCUGCAAAUAUCGUUAGAAGAAACAGGAAGAGGAACAGAGAAAAGGUUCGGUUCUGUAUAGAAAUCCAUCUAAAACACCUUUAGUAUGUAUUUAUUGUACAGAAGCAUUGUAUAUACUAUUUAGUUCACAGUCUAAAAGAAAGAAAAAAUGAUUCUUGCA